UUUCACAGCACGUGUACUCACCUCUCUCUUUCUUCCUCCAUUAACCCCCUUUAAAACCUCUCGCAUCCUCUUUUCCCCAAAAAAUCUCCCUCCACAGGCGGCGCAUUUCUCCCAAACACCCCCCCUUUAAAUACGAACAACAAACACAACCCAGAAAUAUUCAUCCCACAAAAAUGGCUGUUGCUUCAUCUGCUACAACAGCUUUAAUCUCAAGCUCAAACCCAUCUCUCAAUUCAAAACCCAGAAAUCUCCACCCUAAAAUUUCCCCCAAUUCCCAACUUUCUCUCUCCUCAAAACUCUCUGUUACUCCUUCAAUCUCUCUCUUCUCUCACACCCCUCACAUCCGCCUCACCCCUUUUACUACCACCACAACCCACAAAAAGUUCGCCGUUUUCGCCUCCCUUGAAUCGAAACCCACCGUUUUAGUCGCUGAAAAGCUCGGUGAUGCAGGAUUAGACCUUCUUAAAUCGUUUGCAAAUGUUGAUUGUUCGUAUAAUCUAAGCCCUGAAGAGUUGUGCACCAAGAUCUCUUUGUGCGAUGCGUUGAUUGUUCGGAGUGGAACGAAGGUUACACGUGAUGUGUUUGAAUCUUCUGGUGGGAGGUUGAAGGUGGUUGGACGUGCAGGUGUUGGAAUUGAUAAUGUAGAUCUGGGUGCGGCGACGGAACAUGGGUGUUUGGUUGUUAAUGCGCCCACGGCUAACACUGUUGCGGCUGCUGAACAUGGGAUUGCGCUAUUGACUGCUAUGUCAAGGAAUGUUGCGCAAGCUGAUGCUUCUGUUAAGGCUGGGGAGUGGAAGAGGAAUAAGUAUGUGGGUGUAUCCCUUGUGGGGAAGACACUUGCAGUCUUGGGUUUUGGAAAGGUUGGUUCUGAGGUCGCGAGGCGUGCUAAGGGGCUUGGUAUGCAUGUGGUCGCUCAUGACCCCUAUGCACCAGCUGAUCGUGCCCGAGCUAUUGGAGUGGAGCUUGUUUCCUUUGAAGAGGCCUUAGCGACCGCGGACUUCAUUUCCCUUCACAUGCCUCUCACCUCUGCUACAGCAAAGGUGUUAAAUGAUGACACUUUUGCUAAGAUGAAGAAAGGAGUUAUGAUUGUGAAUGUUGCUCGUGGUGGAGUUAUUGAUGAAGAUGCUCUUGUGAGGGCUCUGGAUUCCGGGAUUGUUGCCCAGGCUGCACUUGAUGUCUUCACACAAGAGCCCCCAGCAAAGGACAGUAAGUUGGUAAUGCAUGAAAGAGUUACUGCAACUCCACAUCUUGGUGCUAGUACCAUGGAAGCUCAGGAAGGAGUUGCUAUUGAAAUUGCAGAAGCAGUUAUAGGGGCCUUGAAUGGAGAGCUUGCAGCAACUGCAGUGAAUGCACCAAUGGUUCCUGCUGAGGUCCUUAAUGAGCUGAAACCUUAUGUUCAACUUGCUGAGAAACUUGGUAGAUUGGCUAUCCAACUUGUCGCUGGUGGAAGUGGUGUUAAAACCGUGAAGGUUGGUUAUGCAACAUCAAGAGCACCUGAUGAUCUCGACACUAGGUUGCUCCGAGCCAUGAUCACCAAGGGACUGAUUGAGCCUAUCUCCAGUACCUUUGUGAACUUGGUAAAUGCCGAUUUCACUGCAAAGCAGAGAGGACUUCGGAUUACCGAAGAGCGCAUUCUUCUUGAUGGGUCACCUGAAAGCCCACUUGAGUCUAUCCAGAUCCAGAUUGCCAAUGUGGAAUCAAAGUUUGCUAGUGCAAUUUCAGAUUCUGGGGAGAUCAGGCUUCAAGGGAGGGUUAAAGAUGGUAUUCCAUACUUGACUAAGGUCGGCUCUUUUGAGGUUGAUGUGAGCUUGGAGGGUAGUAUUAUCCUGUGCCGACAGGUUGAUCAACCUGGAAUGAUUGGAAGAGUUGGAAGUGUUUUGGGAGAGGAGAAUGUGAAUGUCAGUUUCAUGAGUGUUGGAAGGCUCGCUCCAAGAACCCAUGCUGUCAUGGCAAUCGGGGUUGAUGAACCCCCUAGCAGCCAGGUCAUGAAGAGGAUUGGAGAGAUUCCAGCUAUUGAAGAAUUGGUAUUUCUAAAGUCAUGAUGUUCUUUGUGGCAUCACUGUGAAAGUUCUAUCAUUGAGACUACAUCUUCUCUGAUGGUAGCAAAGUUGAUGACCAUUGACCAGCCUAGCUAUCAGGUUGUGGAACGGACCGGGGAGAUUCUGGCUACGGAAGACUAUGCAUUCCUAUAGCCUUGAUGUUCUUUCUAGUUAAUAGCUCAAUAUGGUAGCAAUUUUGGUGGAUUUUGUUAAAUGUAACCAAUUUGUAACCUUAAGGCGUCGGAGUUAUUAAUAAUUUUGAGUUGUGAGGAAGAGUUUGCUCAUUUAAGUGUU